AUGGCGAAUCCUCGACAACGUCGCAAACAACGCUCUUCCUCCCACAGAGCUGUUUCUCACUCACGGCAUGCAAAAAGGAAUCUGAAGAAAACACCCCCCAUUCGUGGUCCUAAGGCAUUGCAAGACGCAUGGGAUAAGACAAAAACAGUCCGCCAAAAUUAUGCACAACUUGGAUUAGUUGUUACCCUAGACCCAUUAGCGAGUGGCGGGAUUGAGAAGCCGCUUGGACGAGAAUCUGCUUCUAUGGACACUACUCAUGAUUAUGAGCCUGUCGCAUCGACAUCGACUGCGCCUACCUCCCAACCAAAUGUACCAGUCGGAUUUGGUAGAAUCAAGAGGGAUGCUGACGGAACUAUACUGGGAUUCGAAUUGAACGAGAGUGUACAAGAAGAGGCCACCCCAAAGACCCGUGAUUUGGAAGAAGAACUUGAAUCGCGCAUGGACCAGGACGUACGUCAAAAAUGGUCGACUCAUUUUUCAUCUCAAAUCGGUCAAAGAGAUGAAAAUCUGAUAAAGAGUUUAGAGGAAAUAUCAGGGCGAGCGACAGGGACCACCACACUAUCUAUUCCUAUAUCCGGGGCGGGACAUCGACACGCGUCUUCUGGGGAACUAAAAUAUUUGCAGCCUCUGAUAGCAAAAUACGGCGACAAAGUCGAGUCAAUGGCCAACGAUCUGAAACUGAAUCCCGAACAAAGAACAGCCGGGCAGCUGAGGAGGGCGUUACGAAAGUUGCAGUAG